AAUUUUCAUGGCUUCUUCUUCUUCUUCUUCUUCUUCUUCUUCUGAUGUAUAUGCCUGGCUUGAAAACCUUCCACCAAUCCCCCAGUGGAAAACAGAUUCCAUGUCCAUGAAUCUAUGCCCAUUUUCAUCAAUCCCUUCCUUGAAACUCUCAAUUAAGAACAAUAACUCAUCAUUCUCUCUCUAUAUGUGCAGAUCUACAUCUGAUCUUAGAUCUUCAUGUCUUUCAACCCUGAAAGAUCAAUUUGCAUGCCCAAAAUCAAGAGAAGUUUCCAAGAAAUUGAUGAGGAUUUUGGGGUCUAACACAGAAGAACAGUGGAUGCGUUCUAUAAAUCUUGCAAUUACUAAUUGGAUUUUAGAAUUACAAGGUGAAAAUGCAGAUUGCCCAAGUAGUAACUGUAAAACUCCUUCUCCUUUGUUUUCUUACUCGUUUUCCACAUACGGCUUGUGGAAAGUUCAGUUGUAUUGUCCAGUCAUAUCUAUGUUAGUCGAGAAGUCAAGCAGUCCUUCCCCAGAUGAAAAUUUGCUUCUCUCUCUUAAUUAUCACCAACUGGAGGGGGUGAUACAGCUUAAUCAUAAGAACUCUCAAUUAAGAACAAUAACUCAUCACUCUCUCUCUAUAUGUGCAGAUUAUAAUCUCCCUCUCUCUCUCUGGAGCUCUAAAACCUUUUCACCAAAUCCCAUAUCAAAGAAACUUCUAGACGAUCAUGAAACAGUUUCAUUUCUCUUCCAUAAUAUCAUCGAAAACGUUCUUUCGUACAGUCCAAACAGAAGUAUUUCCUCUAAUUUGCUUAGAUUUCCAAGAAGUACUUACUCAGAAAAUAAUUUUAAAGAUCUGUUUAAUUUCUCAUUUCUUAGCCUUACUUUUAUUAUUUGCAUAUACGAAGCUACUUCUGAUCUUAGAUCUUCAUGUCUUUCAACCCUGAAAGAUCAAUCUGCAUGCCCAAAAUCAAGAGAAGUUUCCAAGAAAUUGAUGAGGAUUUUGGGGUCUAACACAGAAGAACAGUGGAUGCGUUCUAUAAAUCUUGCAAUUACGAAUUGGAUUUUAGAAUUACAAGGUGAAAAUGCAGAGUGCCCAAGUAGUAACUGUAAAACUCCUUCUCCUUUGUUUUCGUAUUCGUUUUCCACAUACGGGUUGUGGAAAGUUCAGUUGUAUUGUCCAGUCAUAUCUAUGUUAGUUGAGAAGUCAAGUAGUCCUUCCCCAGAUGAAAAUUUGCUUUUCUCUCUUAACUAUCACCAACUAGAGGGGGUGAUCCAGUUUAAUCAUAAGGUGAUCAUUCAAGAAAAGUGGAUUGAAGUCAGAGUAAACACAGAUAACAUCAGGUGUGAUGUUAUGAAGCUGGUGACAGAUAAAUUCAUGAAGGAGCGGGGUGCAGGAACAUCUGAAAAACACUUUCCUUCAAGAAUUGCAUUGCAAAUUACACCAACAAUGCAGGCAAACAUCAUAAGCAUAUCAGUAAGCAAAUCAUCAGAGAAUCCAACACGAGAAAUCGGCACUGAAAAGUCGAUCGAAGCGUCAUUUGAACCUCCAAAUCCACACAUGGGGAUCAACUUUACAGCAGCGGAAACCAUGACAAUAAGCCUAAAGCCAUGGAAAUUUGAGCAGUCUGUUCAUGGAAACACUGCAAUUUUGAAUUGGUUUCUGCAUGAUAGUGUGAAUGGAAGAGAGGUAUUUUCUUCGAAGCCGUCGAAGUUCGCUUUGCUUCAACCCAAGGCAUGGUUUAAGCAUAGAUAUUCAAAUGCUCAUAGGCCAUUUACAAGGCAAGGAGGAGUGGUUUUUGCUGGUGAUGAGUAUGGGGAGAGUGUGAGUUGGAAAGUGGAUAAAGCUUGCAUGGGGGAAAGUAUGAAGUGGGAGAUUAAGGGUUGGAUUUGGUUAACUUAUUGGCCUAAUAAACAUAGGACACUUUAUACUGAAACUAGGAGGUUGGAAUUUAGGGAAAUAGUCUAUCUUACACUAGUUUAGUUGAUUGGAUCGAUCGUUCAAGGUUUUGGUUCCCACUUGAACUUAGUGAAAAUAGUGGAAUCACUUCUUUUGAGCUUGCAGUUUCGACCUCGUAUCAAGAGUUUGAUUUAAAUUAUUCGGGAAACUUGCACUUCUA